AUCUUGCGCACAAGUCGCACUAGCGAUGAUGAGCGUUGAUGCUGGCUGAUGUGAGCGAUCUGCCGGUCACGAGCUGCCGAUGUACUGGUGACGAUGCACGAGACCGACGCGUCGUUGAACGUAAAUUCUACGGCGACUGACAAACCUGCGACAGCACUUUCACUCGGCGACAAGUCGGGCCAGCAUGUCAGGCCAGACAGCUCAUGGUCAAGCCAGCACUGCGCUAGACGGUCCUCUGUCGACUCUGUCACUGUCGAGCAACAACAAGUCAGCACUGAGCAAUAGCACUCGACUGCCACUCGGAUCCAUCUCGAACCAGUACGACCAGGGCAACAAUGGCUUCGUCCUGCCUGCUCUGGGCACACAACUCAAGCCUAUCUUCGUAGGCAACGGCAGACCUGCAGAUGUACGGAAUGGAACGACGGCAUUGGCCGUCAAUCGACUCUCGACAACAACGCAGAUCAAGCUACCCCAUGUGCCCUUCCAGCCCAAGCCGCCAAGCUCCUUCAUGCCCAGACCGCCCGUCUCUGCUUUCUCAGUAUCUACGUCUGCUCUGCCAAGUUUGCCUCCGCCAAUAGCGCCAGUGGCGAGCAAAACACAGAUGAGCGCUAGUCAAGGCGCAAGGAUGCCCUCAAUGGCGAGCAGUCAUACGACGACCAUGGCUGCUGCGACCGCCGCUGCGAGACAAAUCGACAUUGGUGGAUACGAUGGCGGACUUGAGCGAGACGAUGCAGCGCUAGCUAUGUCCCAGACGAGCAGAUUAUCACUCAGGCAGAGCACAGUCCUAUCUGUCGACAGUCAUGCCCAUGCUAGCCCUGCUGAACGAUGGUCACUCUCCUCAUUCGAUAUGGGUAAAUCACUUGGAAAAGGCAAGUUCGGACGGGUCUACAUGGUCAGAACAAAGAAAGAGCCCAAAUUCAUCCUCGCGCUCAAGUGUCUCUACAAAGCCGAGCUCAUCGGCCAUCGCGUCGAGAUCCAGCUUCGCAGAGAGAUCGAGAUCCAGCAGAAUCUACGGCAUCCGAACAUACUCAGACUGUAUGGCUACUUCCACGACGAGAAGCGUGUCUUCCUCAUGCUCGAAUUUGCUGCCAAGGGCGAACUCUACAAGCAGCUUUCGCGACAUGGUAGAUUCGGCGAAAAAAGGAGCAGUCGCUACAUUGCUCAGAUGGCAGAUGCGCUCAGCUAUUUGCAUAGCAAGCAUAUCAUCCAUCGCGAUAUCAAACCGGAGAAUCUCUUGCUUGGCAUCAACGGCGAGCUCAAAAUUGGUGACUUUGGCUGGAGUGUGCACGCGCCAUCGGACAGGCGUACGACGAUGUGCGGCACGCUCGACUACCUGCCGCCGGAAAUGUGCGAGGGCAAGCCGCAUACCCAUGCAGUCGAUCUAUGGGCCAUUGGUGUCUUAACCUAUGAGUUUCUCACCGGAUCGCCGCCCUUUGAGGAGAUGGCGGGCACUUCGGCGACGCACAAGAGGAUUUGUGCGGUCAAGUACACCGUUCCUGCGCAUGUGUCAGAAGAGGCCCGCGAUCUCAUUGGCAAGUUGCUACAGUACCGACCUGAGGAUCGUUUGCCGCUGCACAAAGUCGCUGUGCAUCCAUGGAUUCAGAAAUGGUCACAAGCGAGCAAGAGAGCAGCAACGGGAUCAGGCGCCUAGAUGUCGUUUGUAUGUACAUGCAUGUCACAACAACAAUGGCAAGCGUCAA